AGAUUUUCUUGUUCUCUGAACUAUUCCAGUUCCAGCAUGGGAAAUGUGUUUGCAGGGCUAUUCAAAGGCCUGUUUGGCAAAAAAGAAAUGCGAAUUCUUAUGGUGGGGCUUGAUGCUGCUGGAAAAACUACAAUUUUAUACAAGCUUAAACUUGGUGAAAUUGUAACCACUAUUCCUACCAUAGGUUUCAAUGUAGAAACGGUAGAGUACAAGAAUAUUAGCUUCACCGUGUGGGACGUAGGUGGUCAAGAUAAAAUCCGUCCACUAUGGAGGCACUAUUUCCAGAAUACACAAGGCCUGAUUUUUGUGGUGGACAGCAAUGACAGGGAGAGAGUAAAUGAAGCUAGAGAAGAAUUAAUGCGAAUGUUGGCAGAAGAUGAACUUAGAGAUGCUGUGCUUCUAGUAUUUGCUAACAAACAGGAUCUUCCAAAUGCAAUGAAUGCAGCAGAGAUAACAGACAAGCUUGGACUGCACUCUCUACGUCAUAGGAACUGGUACAUCCAGGCAACCUGUGCCACCAGUGGAGAUGGUCUCUAUGAAGGACUAGACUGGCUGUCCAAUCAACUUCGAAACCAGAAAUAGCUUUCAUCAAUCUACAUAUCUGUUCCUUCACUGAUUAUUCUACACUUUCUCUCGUGGCAAACUAUGCUACUUUGUGGUAUUGA